UGACUUAAAUAAUGUGGUAAAAGAAAUUAACUUAGCAUUAAUAUUGACAUGUGAGUGACAUCCUGUUGGCAAUCCCUUGGGCUCCCCACAUCUCACUUGGGUUGCUAAUGAGCUACUGCAAUAUAUACUCUACAGUAUUUAACAUUGACUUUAGAAGGAAAUAAUUGUUCUCUGCUUUGUAUUUUCCUGUAUCCAAUUACGCCUGGCUUCUCAGCAGGUAGGACAUGUCGAGGACGAUAACAACAAAGGUUCAAAGCGUCAGUGAUCAACAGUGUUCUUUGAUUCUCAACAGAUUGUCGAGAGUUGUGAUAACACCACAACACGCUUUAUAAGUAUCUCUAAGAUACCUUGUUGGUCUAAGCAAAGGAUGUAGAGGUCAGAGAGUGGAUGAGAUUACAUAGCCCAUAAUCCAUUAUUAACUUAACUGUCCCUGGGGACACAACACUUAUUGUCAGUUUGAAGAAGGCAUGUUGGGUCUCCUUGUUUGUAUUCUUUGCACAACAUAUUUGUAUUUUUUUCCAGUGACUCUCCCUUGCCUGUGACUUCACGUGUCUGUUUUGUAAAGUUCCUUGAGUCUGAGUCGGUGGGAGUUUCCCAACACCUGACGAACACCGUCUUCGUGGACCGAGCCUUGAUCGUGGUCCCUUUUGCCGAAGGUGGGUGUCUGUUUUAUUCUUGUCUGACUUACAUGGAUAUCUGUGAACAUACAUCAAAAUUUGUAGGUUGUUUUGAUAGAAUUUCAAGCACUAUCUGAGCCAUUGUGAGUUUUUGUGUCCAAGCAACAUUUGCUAAGCUUUUCAGUGCUCGGCAUUUUUAGGUAUGUAAAAGGGAAAUGUACAUUUGUGUCCAUGUCUGACAAUCUAGCUGUAAACUUCUCUCUCUGUUAUUUGUGUUGUGGUUUUCAUAGUGGACAAGUCAUUUGCAGAGAGCCCCUUCCUUGCUGGCUGAAAGUGGUCCUCUGCUGCCAUCAGGAGAUUAGAAAAAAAUAAUGGCACCAGGCUCGCAAGCCCCCUUCUGUCUCUUGUUCUGCAGUAAAAUAUUAACUCUUUAUUUUUUUCUCUGUUCAAGGCAUCAUAAAUAGCCACAAAACUCUUAAGUACAGUAAGGGGGUGGCAGGAGAGGGUGCAGGGCAAUCUCAAUUCAAAGUUCAAAGAGUUUAAUUAUUUUUUAAAUAAAAUGUUUGUCGAUUAGUAGGCAUGCACCAGACUAGGGAUGCCCCGAGCAGAUCUGCUGGAUCGGUAUCAAGGUAGAUCAAGACAUAUUUUUGUUUUUAGUUAAUUGGUAUUGACUUUAAAGCCAUUUUUGAUCAUGUUUAUAUUUGAACCUUUUGCACUGUGGGUAUGCCAGUUGUCAACAUUUCCCAAUAUACAUCAACAAUGAGUUCACUUUUUGUUAUCCACACUGAUGGCAUGCAUCAGCAUGUUGGUGGUAUACACCGCUUCAAAAAUUGUUUUAACCUGGGUAUACUGUAUAAUUUGUGUUGCGUAGCAUACAUGUAGUGGAUUUCCUCCCAAAACGGAUCCACGCGGACGCUCCUUUGUCCAUAGAAUAUAUAUUUAACACUGUAGGAAACCAUUAAUGUUCCUGCACAUACACAUUGCUGUUUUUAGUUACUGGCUGAUUAGGCAUACUUUCAAGUUUAAAUUGGGCGGAGCCAAGGUGGGAGUUUGCUUAGGUCCCUAACAGGUGCACCAAAGCCUAGCCAUGGACUGAGGGAGAUGUCACUCAAGCACGGUCUUACAGGUCUACACAGUUCUGGGGAGAGGUCUAAUCAGCCACAUAAGCAAAGACUUGACCUGUGUUGUGCUGUUAGCUUUGUUUUCAUAAUGUUAAACAUAUCCAAACUGAAUUACAUCUUCAAAUGUAAUCUUAGCCUUGAUAGGCUGAUAAUAGGCUGCAUUACAUUACAAAAAUUAAAAUAAUUUAUUGGGACUCGGGUAUUGGCAGAAUGUUAAUAUUAAAUGGCACAAGUCAGGGGUGAAAUGUUCGGGGCAUCCCUAUACAAGCACAAAGUAUACAGAAUAGAUCAACUAAACCGGUGUGCAUGCUAGAAUAGCUUUUGCAGAUGUUGUGGAAGUUGAUUAGUACAUAAUUUGGUUAUUAAUCAUGAUAAGCACACAAACUGCCUUUGGCAUGUACUUGCUUCAUGUGCCAAAGCCUUGUAUUUUACACUGCAUCUGUAUUUCAAAAUUUUUACUAACACACAAGAUAAAAGUAGUUGUAAGCCUCUGCUUGAUGUUGCAGUAAAAUGCUUUUUAUUGACCCUCUCCACACAUGACUCUGAAAGAGUUGAGUGAAUCUCACGUUUAACAGUGGUGUUUCUUUUGUUGUUGUGUUUUACAGUUCUUUUUCCUGGUUCAGCCAGCCCUAUAUACCAGGCCCUGCUGAAAAUGCCACCAACAGUUUUGUCUUCUGCAGCCUUAUCCUGUUUCUCAAGUGUCUUUUCUGUUGUGUGUGUGUGUGUGUGUGCGUGCGUGUGUGUGUGUCUCUCUCUCUCUCUUUCUCAUAUUUUAAAAUGUAAAAUGUCAGAUAAAAAAUAGCCUGUUUUCAGAUUGCACCAUGGAUGAUCAUCUCCAUAAGAUUUUCCCUUUUGAUUUUACUGUUUGGUUUCUUCAACUUUGGGCACAUUGCCGUGAUUAUAUCAGAGCUUUUGCUGUUAAUAGCCCUUAACUGUUAGUGCAGUUUAUCUUUGACAUUGGUUUGUGUUUUUAGUAACAUACUGUUGGCUAAAACCAAGCAGUACUGUAGCUUGUAAGCAAUACUUUAUCUGGUUGCAAAGUAAGUUUUUCCUUUUUUAUGGUGGGAUUGUACAAAGUAACCACCAACAAAAGCCCAGAAAAGGUAAUAUGUCUGAACCUUUUCUGUUUUUGUAUUGGUAAUGGUAAGUGAUGUUGAAUUGUACCCUUGUCUACCCCCAAAUCAUGAACUUUUCUUUCUGUAUCUCAAUGUUUUUGUGUGCUUUAUAGCGAAGCAGCCGGCACGAGUCGCUUGUUCAUAAAACAUCUAAUGAAAGUUGAGAGCACAUCCCACGGGACAACUGGCUGUGCUUGCUUACGUUUGGUUCAUGACUUAAAAAACAAGUACAGGAGUCAUUCCUGAUGAAUCUAAAGCUAUGUCUCUGCUGGCUCCAGCCAAUGCCGUGGCAGGAAUGAUGCCUGGGGGAGGCCUUCUUCCAACACCCAAUCCUCUGGCAAGAAUGGGAGGGACGCCAUUCGGAAGUCUUGGAGCUCCCAGCAUGGAGCAAAUGGCUGCCAUGGGAAUGCAGGGCCCUAACAUGAAUCCCCAGGCUCUUUCUGCAGACUUCCUGAAGCUCAUGCAGUCCAUGGACCCCAAACUGAAUCCAUUAGCGGCCGGACUGAACUUGAAUGCAGGGCUGAAAAAUGAUGCCUCCAAUAAGGAGAUUGAAGAGGCCAUGAAGAGAGUCCGAGAGGCCCAGUCUCUCAUCUCUGCAGCCAUUGAACCAGGAAAUAAGAAAGAUGACAAGCGCAAACAUUCCCGCUCCCGUUCGCGGUCACGGCGCAGGCGCUCCAGAUCUCGCUCAAGACACCGACGUACGAAGAGCAGGUCUCGGCGGAGGUCCCAUUCAAGGAGUAGGAGGAGGUCCAAGAGUCCGCGGAGGAGGAGGACCCACUCCCGAGACAGAGGCCGGCGUAGUAGAUCUAGGGACAGGAGGAAGGAGGAGAAGUCUAAGAAAAGGUCUAAGACGCCCCCCAAGAGCUACAGCAGUGCCAGGAGGUCUCGAAGCAUUAGUCGGAGGCACAGGCGAAGCCGCAGUGCGUCUCGGUCCCCCAGGAGGAGGUUGUUGUCUAGGUCUCCAUCGCUCAGACGUCACAAAAAAGAGAAAAAGAAGGACAAGGAGCGUGAGAAGGACCGGGAUAGAGACAGAAGGGAGAUCAGGGACCGGAGCCGAGAUGAAAGAGAACGCUCCAGCAGUAAGAAGAAGAAGAGCAAAGACAAGGAGCGAGAUCGGGAACGCAAAUCUGAUAGUGAGAAAGGAGACGUUAAGGUGACCCGGGAUUACGAUGAAGAGGAGCAAGGUUAUGACAGUGAAAAGGAAAGAGAGGAGGAGGACGACGAUGAGAGGAAGAGCGACUCCGACUCUGCCUCAUCUCCCAAAGGCCAGGAUGAGAUGGAGAGAUCAGAAGGUCAAAUCCCCAAAAAGUCCAAACUGAAUGGAGACGACCAUCAUCAGGAAGACAUGGAGAUGAGCGACUAAGAACAUCCUGAACGAGACCUUGUUACCUUUUCCACUUUCCUCUUUUAUAUUUUUAAUAUAGGCCACAACAUGACUGUGCCUGAUCACUCAAAGUUAAAGAUUUGUUGUCUUAACUGUAGAAGCAUUGGGGAAGAAGCGGUUGUAGAAGGAAAGCAGUCCAAUAAUUUUUGUAAAGAGGACUAAAAUAUGAAUAACAUGAGACAUGGUUUUAAAUUGUCAUUGUUGUACUUUUUUUAAGAUCCUGUUCAUUUUUCUUUUUGUUGCCUUUAUGUUUAAACUUUGUCUUCCUGGCAGUAGAAUACACAGCAUUUCCCUAUUUAAAAUGCUGUUUGUGUAAAUAUUUUACUAGUCGGGAUGGAGUCCUUUCUUGUUUCAUUCUGUUAGUCGCGUACCUCCCAGCACCAACCGUUUUGCUUUAACUGUAAUGCACGAAGUCCUGUUUCAGUUGACCUUCCUAUUUACAACCCUUUGUAAGUGUACACUGUAGACUGAAAUGUGUUGUUGCAAUUAAAUAAAUUAGGUUUUCCAAAGGAAACUAAUAAAAAUUGGAUCAAACUGUCAA